AUGGCAGCAAUGGGCACAAAAACAAAAGAAGAAAAAAGUGAAAAUGAAAACGAAGAGCUAAAACGUCUUUUAACGCUGGGCCACACAAGGGGCAUAGAAAUAACUAGAGACUCAUACAACAACAUCACGCUCACCAAAAGGCCUGCUUCUAUAGGGAGUAGCUACAUGAUAGGAGUAGACGAGGCAGGACGCGGGCCUUUAGCAGGGCCCAUGGUGUACAGUCUGGUGUACUGGACAGAAGACCCAGACACAAAAGUGUACAAUGACUCAAAAAAAGUGCAAAAAGAAAAAAGAACGGCUCAGUACGCCGAGCUGCUUGAAAAUGAAAAUAUUGGGUUUACCAUUUGUCUUCUCUCUCCUCUCUUUAUAAGCGCCAACAUGCUGUGCAAUAAAAAAGACCUUCUCGAUAAAAAAGCAGCAAAUAAACUGAGAGCCACGGGCCAAAGAAAGAAACAAAAGCUGCCACACAGUGGAGCAUCUGCGCAGAAAGCAAACAGCAAAAAUCUCACACACUUUCUGAAAAACCCACAAAAAAUAGAAACACAGAAUGCUCCUAUACCAUCUGCAGCAGCCUCAACUGAUCCACUUUUUGUGUGCAAAGAUCAGCAGAAUCUAAACGAUCUUUCUAUCUCCUGCAUACAAAAGAUGCUUAGGACGUGCAUUUCAUCGAACAUACCAGUAAAGGAAAUAUACAUCGACACAGUUGGGCCUAAAGUUGCACUGGCUCAAAUAAUAAAGGAGUGCACAAGCCAAUGCAGAACAGUUAAAAAAAUAGUGGUGGAAGAGAAGGCAGACUCAAGCUACCAAGUGGUUGCAGCAGCAAGCAUCUUGGCAAAGGUGUCUCGCGACAUAUUCAUAGAAACACACGCAGUGUGGAAGCUGCUCUACGGAGAAAUAGAAUACUGGCACGAUCUUGGGUCAGGGUAUCCUGCAGACCCCAACACGCGCAAAUGGCUUUCUAAGUCUUUUAUUCCUGGCUUUGGGUUUCUCCCUAUAUUCCGAGUGUCCUGGAAGCCUGUGAUGGACAUCCUGCAGGAGAAGACAGAAGAGUUAUUGGGAGAAGAAAAGAGCAGAGGAAAGCUGGUCUGCUACUUAAAAAGAGGAGACAAAAGAUAG